GGAACCCCUUCCAGCAUCCCUUGCCCUCUCCCGAUAGCAAGGGCUUUCGAGCUUCCUCCCAUCCCACCAGCCUCCGAAAUCUCUUCUUUUUCUCUGUUCUUCUUUCCCAUGGCUUCGUCUUUGAGAAUCUCUUAUCUCUUUCCCUUGUCCGGCUUCGACAUGGCGUCGUUGGAGACUCGAAGAAAGCUCCCGAGUCUUUGUAUCAAGCAGAGAACAGCAGUGAGACCUCCUUCUAUUAAAGCUUCUUGUUACCCCAUUAAGCCUCUUCGCUUCUCUUUCUUCUCGCCUUCAGCUGCCUCCGGAGAGGCCUCGAAGGUGGAGGAUGUAGAAGAGGCCGUGUUACAGGAAGACUCUGAAAAAGAACCCAGCAUUGAUGAUGACUUAGUCUAUGACAGCUCAAGCGAUGAAAGCCUUCCUAUUACUGAGGAAAAGUUACCGUCAGCCGUAAUUGCUUCCCUGGAGCUUUACAAGGAAGCUCUGGCAAAUAAUGAUCAAUCCAAAGUUGCUGAAAUAGAGGCCUACUUUCAGUCCAUUGAAGAUGAGAGGAGCUCUCUUGAGAACAAUGUUGCUUCUUUGUCUGAUGAAUUGGCUGUAGAAAAAGACCGCGUAUUAAGGAUUAGUGCUGAUUUUGACAAUUUCAGGAAAAGAACAGAGAGAGAGCGGCUGUCGUUGAUGGAGAACGUACAGGGAGAAGUUGUGGAGAAUCUGCUUCCAGUUUUGGAUAAUUUUGAAAGAGCCAAAGAUCAGAUCAAGGUGGAGACAGAGGGAGAAGAGAAAAUUAAUAGCAGUUAUCAGAGCAUUUAUAAGCAGUUUAUGGAGAUUCUAACCUCCAUAGGUGUUGUAGCUAUUGAAACUGUUGGCAAUGCAUUUGAUCCUAUGCUUCAUGAGGCAAUAAUGAGAGAAGAGUCGGCGGAGUUUGAAGAAGGUAUCAUAGUACAAGAAUUCCGCAAGGGUUUCAAGCUUGGGGAAAGGCUUCUGCGUCCAGCAAUGGUGAAGGUGUCUGCAGGACCAGGACCUGCAAAACCCGAAGAAGAUGAAACCAUUAAAUCAGAAGAAGGCAGUGAGGAGUUGGAUCAGGAGAGCACCAAACAAAGCGAGUAAGUUCAGAUGAUUAUCAAAAUUUUGUUAGGAGCUGUUACAUUAUCAUGUUUUGUGAUAUUUUAGAGAUAGGAUAAAUGGCUGAUUGCUGUGUCUAAGCCUACUUUAUAGUAGAGUUCUUUUACAGCUUCUAAAAUGGAAUUCUGCUCGUAAUGUUUGCUCGGGAAAUGGCAUGUUGUGAUGUGUCUAAUCAAAGGAUGUAUUGUUGUUUUUAAAUUGAUGUUAAACAUGCAAAUUAUUAAAGUUAUUUACAUGCA